AAAUUUAUAAAUUUAAUGAUUUUCUUGAAUCUUGACAAUAUCUUUGCUUUUAACCUCAUCUUUUACAUCACACCCCUCCAUUUCUUCAUCGCCUCCUGCUUCCAUCGAUCUCUCCCAUCACCUUCCUCAGAUCACUCCGUCGCAUCGACCACCAGUCCACCACCAACGUUAACCUGCAUCGACUUUGCAACUUUAUUAUUCUAUCAGUGCUUUUUUCGGAUUAUUUACAGUGGCAAGCAUCGACCACAAUUAUUUCAUCGCCUCCUCUUUCCAUCGUCACCUCAUCAUCUUCCUCAGCUCACUACGCCUCAUCGACCACCACCACCACCGGUAACCUCCGCAUCGACCAGUUUGAGAUCGACGAUGGUUUCGCUCAAAAUGGAAGACAUGUCUCUGCCUACACUCUUCGAGCAGGCUCAUAAAAUUCACCUUCUCGCAACCGAUUCUGCCGUUGACAAGGAGACAUUGAGAAAGGGCUGCGAAGCAUUACAACAGUGCGAGGAAAUGAUUAGCAAAUUAGGGUUAUUUUCAGCUAACGAGACUAAGGAAGAUAUCAGUACUACAAAUCUCAAAUAUAUUCUGGUGCCAUUUUAUAUUGCUGAAUUGAUAGAGAAAAGUGGGCAUGAUGACAGGAUAGAAAAUUUGAAGGUUUCACAGUCUAAGAUAAAGGAAUUUCUUGCAUUCUGUGAUGCAAUGGAGCUUGUACCUGAAGAUGAAUUGGAAACACAUAGUGUUGUAGAUAGAAGGGCUAAGAAGAUUGCUAGGUUUAAGAGGCAACGUGCUGCAGAGUCAAAACUAUUAGAAUUAAAGGAACGCAAAGAACGACGUGGGCGUUCAACUAAAGCUGCAGCCCCCCUUUCUACAUCUACUCUUUCUCCUAGGGAUGAUGAUAAUGAUGAUGAUGAUGAUGAUGAUGUGCUUGAUGAUGAUGAGGAAAGGGAGGCAUGGCUUACAACAAUCUCAUUGGCUAUCUGUAAGGCUUUGGAUCUAAUCGAAAUGCUGAAGAAAGAGGAGGAGAUGCUUUCGGCAAUAAAGGAAAAGCAAGCGCAAGAAGGAGGUAUUGAAAUUUCGGAGGCUAUUCUGGAGGAACGCGCGAAAACCGUACAAGACUGGCAUCGAAACGCUGCUGCUCGUGCUCGAUACAUGAAACCAGCAACACCAAUAACAUGUGCUACUUUUGCUCAGGAUGUUUUGGAGGGAAGAGCAAAUGUAUCACAGCCACACGAUCAUAAACACCAACAACCACUCUUGUUUGGGCCCGCUAGUCUCGUGGGUGGUGGAAGUCUUCUAACAAAUGAUAGAGAAAGGAUUGCUGCACAAGUUUUCCAACCUGGUCACAGAUUGCCAACAAUGAGCAUAGAAGAAGCUGGGAUGAAGGAGAUGGAUAUGAUGAAUAAAUGGCAAGAGAGGACUGCGAAGAUGAUAGAGGAAGCGAAUUCUUCGUGGCAUAACGACAAGUGGAAGCCGAGAGCAGGUGGUGGAGAUGAUGAAGAUGAUGAUGAUGAUGAUGAGGACAGGGCAAGGGCUUUUGAUGAUUGGAAAGAUGACAACCCUCGAGGUGCGGGAAAUUCAAAGCUAACUCCUUGUGGCUGAUGUGUCGUUGUGUCAUUGGAUGAGGUUACUUUUGUGUAGAAUGAUGAAGAGUGUAAGAGAUUAUGAUGCAUCACAAACUUGUAUUUUCAAAACUGUUUUUUAAAAUGAGAAAUUAAAUAUCCUCUUACUUUUUGUUCCUA